CGCCGGCGGCGGGGCCGGGCCGGGCCGGGCGGGCGGAGCCGCGGCCGCCAUGGGGCUGCUUAACUUCACCCGCGACCCGGUGCCGGAGGCGGUGAGCGGCGACAUGCACAACCUCAACCAGCUCAGCGCCGAGCAAUUCUCAGCGCUGACCGAAGUGCUUUUCCGGUUUCUAACAGAGCCCAAAGAGGUAGAAAGGUUUCUGACUCAGCUCUCAGACUUUGCCACCAUGAAUAAAAUCAGCUUGGGCCCCCUGAAAAACAUUGUCAAAAGUAUUCUUCUGGUACCUAAUGGUGCCCUGAAGAGAAAUCUGUCUUCCGAACAAGUCAGAGCAGAUUUUAUUGCUCUAGGCCUCAGUGAAGAGAAAGCCACUUAUUUUGCAGAACAGUGGAAGCUGAAUUCCCCCACCCUAACACGCCUGGCUGUUGGUCAGACGCUGAUGAUUAACCAGCUGAUAGAUAUGGAGUGGAAGUUUGGAGUUACUGCUGGGAGCAGUGAACUGGAAAAAGUGGGAAGUAUCUUCUUACAGCUGAAGCUGGUGAUUAAAAAAGGAACUCAAAUGGAAAACGUAUAUAUAGAGUUAACUUUGCCCCAGUUCUACAGUUUUCUGCAUGAAAUGGAACGGGUCAAAACCAGUCUGGAGAGUUUCAGCUGAAAUUGCAUGGGUCUGAACUGACAUCUGUCCAGGAUGUUUAAUUUCUCCUUGUGGGCUGCAGACCUGUUCUUUCCCAGCCGACUGUAACAGUGGGAUAAGGGAAGACAAGGCCGUGUGACAAACAGUAGUGUCACGGCCCAGAGAGACCCAUCGGUCCUUCAGAACCUGGAUCUUUGGAAAGUGUUUUGAAGCAACUACAAGACCACCCAUCUUUUUUUUUUUUUUUUUUUUUACCAUUACGAGAUAUUAUUGUCAGAAAUAUGUGGAUAUUUGUACUAAAAUAGCAAAGAAAUAAAUGCAUCCCCAUCCUGCA